GGUAAGCAUGCUCCCUCUGAUUUUGGGCCUUGUCCUCUUCAUCGUCGCUACAUCAGCCAUGGGCGACCCAAUGUGGCCACCUUCCGCCAGGCCACCUUUCCGCACCGACAUCCCAGAGCCCGUACUAGUGGAUCCACCAGCCGAGCACCUGACCGAGGAAGGGGUCUAUAUUCCUCCCAGUAUCAAGCCUUACGUCAAAGUGAGAAAUAACCAUGAAUUUUCGCACAUUCGCCAGCUCUACCUUUUCCAUGAUGCGUUUCGCGUAAGGCGGUGGAAGCUUCCGUCUUGGGGCUGGGUCGGCAUUCGUACGCACUAUGGGCAUAGCGAUGCCGACUGGGAGACGUUUCGGAGGAAAAUUGUGGGCGCUUAUCAUAUCUAUAAAACUGAGGAAGGGGAGAAGUUCCGGAUUCUUUGGAUCGAGGAUAGGGACAAGCUGGACAAUGCAGAUGAUGAUGCCACAAGAGAGGCUUUCAAAAACUGGUUUCUCGACCACAGCGACCCACCCGAUGGCCACUACUCACUAAUCCCAACUAUCAAGAAAGUUUGGUCGGGCUACGAGGAAAAUGUCUGCCUCGUCGCCGACAAGGAGACCAUUGACUCUGUGCUCGCGGACACUUCUCACAACUUGGACGAAAUUGCCUUCAUCAAGCUUCUCGAUCGCCAUUUCGACGAGCAAGAUAUGCGGAAAUGGGCACCAAAGCUCGUUGGCCGGUAUACCGGCUCAUUCAAGGUUUCGCCCCACUACUUGCCAUCUCUGGACGGCGUUCUUACCGAGGAUGACAGCUAUGGACAGCCCGGCCAUUCCUCUACCUGGUACCUGAGGGCUGCAAAAAUGCAAGAUGGAGUGUUUCGUCAACAAAACCAUGCAGUUGUGGACGAAGACUUUGGGAAAGAUCCGAUCAAUCUAGGCGAGGAUAGCAGCGAUGAGGAGUCAGAGGAGAGUGCCGAUGGUGAUAGUGAUGUUCGGGACGAAUUGUAGAUAUCUAUUAAGGUAUUAUGGCUUUUUUUAUUGUCUAUUGCG